CACAGUGGUGCUCACUUCUCGUCCUUCCCAUUUCACCCAAAACCCCCAAAACCUCACUCCAACAAAGGGAAAUGCUGCGCUCUAUUCUGAGAGCCUCAGCGUCAGGCAGGAGCUCGGUCAAGCCCUCGCCAAUUCCAAUUUCCUCGUCGUGGGCUCAGAAUUACUCUUCCAAGAACACGAAGACCAAUGUCACCAAGGCCAAGCAGACUAAGUACAAGGCCGACGGCAAAAGAUCUGCGGCCGACGAGCACGCCUCCGCCGCCGGCGGAAAAGACGUCGACGCGGCGCUGUCCGACGCGCAGUCCCGCGCACGUCGCCUCGCCGCCGACGAGAAGGACCCCUCGCUCGACGUCGGCCCCAACGGCCGGCCCCUCUUCACCUCCACCCCCUCCCUCUCCCUACUCUCCCGCAAAGACACCUGCUCCUACUUCAAGUUCAGGAUGGAGGGAUUGAAGGCGGUGUUUCCGGAGGGGUUGCCGGCGGGAAUGGUGAAGGAGUUCGAGGACUCGUUGCGACCGGCACUUCUGGUUCGGCAGAGCUUUUUGGAUCUUCGCGAUAACUUUCGGCGCAUCGUUGAUCCGUCAUUGCGUUUCUCUGAUGAGAAAGGUCCCAAAGUUAGAAAGCAGAUUGUCUUGGAUGGUCCUGCUAGCUGUGGGAAGAGUAUUGCACUUGCGAUGCUUGUUCAUUGGGCUCGUGAUGAAGGUUGGCUGGUUUUUUAUGUCCCCAGGGGCCGAGAGUGGACUCAUGGAGGAUUUUUCUCUAAGAACCCAGAUACAGGUCUUUGGGACACACCACUUCAAGCUACAAAUGUUCUCAAGGAUUUUUUGAAAUGGAAUGAAUCCCACUUAAAACAAUUACCAUGCCAAAUCGAUGAUCCGAUUCCAUUGAGUGAGGGUGCUGGUGUUGGAAGGUUGAAAGAUGCUGACAGCAUGGCAAUGCCUGAAGGUUCAACGCUGUAUGACCUGGUUAACACGGGAAUCAAGUACUCACAAGCAGCUGUUGCAGUGGUAGUUCAUUUGAGGAGAGAGUUAUCACUUGUGAAAAGUAUCCCUGUACUUAUAGCAAUUGAUCAAUAUAACAGCUGGUUUACAUUCAGUGAGUAUGAGGAAGCGGUCACUCUUCGUUCUCGUCGACCAGUACAUGCUAGAGAAGUUGCAAUGGUGAAUGCUUUUAGAUCUAUGAUGCAUGAUGACAUGAUGGUGGGUGCUUUCUCGCAUUCAACAGCUGUUGGAAAGCUACGUAAGGACUUGCCAGAUGUUCCUAUGGAUGCUCGGGUUAAUCUUCCUCGCUACACCUUAGACGAAGCAGCAACUGUUUGCCAUUAUUACCUUAGGCAAAGAUUAGUACAACGUGAAGUAUUCUCGGAAGAAAACUGGAAGAAGGUAUACUACUUGUCCAAUGGAAAUGGAGCAGAGAUGAGGGGGUUGCUUCCUUUCAUGCGGCAAUCAACAUAAGAUAACUUCUCUUUUCACCUUUAUUUUAUUUUAUUGAUGUGCAUUAGCAGAGGUGCUCGUUUUGCUCUCAUUGCCUCUGGUUUUUUUGAUCUCCUUAAUGAAAAUUUAUGCAAUACCGCUAUCAUUGGAUUUUUGCUCUCAUUGCCCCAUAAAGUGUUUGGCUAGGAUCAUCUUUCCUUGCCCAUGGGAUUAGUGUCCAAAGACUACCAUAUAUAGAUCAGUUAGAAUUUUGUACUUUCGUCUUGGAAGUUGAUAUUGUUUCAAGAAUUUUCUUUUUCGCUGA